CUGCAUGCUGCUGAGGGCUGGCUGGCAGAGCUCCCUGCUGCAUUCCACUUGCUGGUCUUUCAGUUCGCCUCUGCUGCGGAGACUUCAGUCUCAUGUGAUUAUCAUUCAGGAAAUUCCUUGGCAAAUGUUUUUACUACCAGAGUGCCCACAAGCAGAGGAAGACAGAGAGCCUUUUUUUAAACAGCAAAGAUAAAGGAAUUCUGCACCUUGGAUCCAUUUAAGAAAAACAUUGGGAAGUAUUUUAUAAACCACUCUGCAUUGUUGCUUCAACACAGAUUUUGAAGAUUGGAUAUUCAUUGAGCCAACAUGGAUUGGUCCUCAUUAUCGUGGAUUUCCCUACGCAGUGACAGUUAACAAGCACCUGCUCAACAAACAUGGCCUUCAUAUAACUGCCUUCCCUCUGAAGUAGACAAGACUUUGUGGUUUGAAACAGCUGCUCAUCAGCCACAUUAAGACACUGUGGUCCUUGGCUCUUUGGUUUCUAUAGCAACACGCCAACCUUUUAGCUUUGCCUAGUCAUGGGAGGAUGUUUCUCGAAGCCAAAACCAGUUGAAGUCAAAGUUGAAGUGAUGGCCCCUGACAAGGAGAAGGAGAGAGAGAAGGAAAGCCUUUCACCCAACGGCAAAGUCAGCCCUAUGUCCCCAUGUAAGGCCAACGGGAGCACAAAGCACGUAGAGGAGCGGCCCAUUACUAUCGACCUCUAUCAGAACCCAAAGGACAUGGUAGAGAUGGCAGUGUGCCAUGUGAAUGAGCUCCAAGAUGGACAGAUGCGAGAGGUGGAUGUGGCAUAUGGCAAGGCCCUGCUGAUUAAAGAGAGAGGAGAAUACUGUGCAAUAGGACAUAAAUGUCCCCAUUAUGGAGCGCCCCUGGUGAAAGGUGUUUUGACCAAUGGGCGAAUUCGGUGCCCCUGGCAUGGAGCCUGUUUUAAUGUUGCAACGGGGGAUAUUGAAGACUUUCCCGGAUUGGACAGUUUACCCAAGUUUCAGGUCAGAAUAGAAAAAGAGAAAGUGAUAGUCCGAGCAAGUAAACAGGCUCUCCAGUCACAGAAGAGGGUGAAAUGGAUGGCUAGAUGUGCUACUCUAAGUGAUAGCAGCUUCAGCAACACCAGCGUGCUCAUCAUUGGGUCAGGCCCUGCAGGAAUGGUCUGUGCAGAAACACUGAGACAGGAGGGCUUCACUGAACGCAUUGUAAUGUGCACCAUGGAGAUGCACCUGCCUUAUGACAGACCUAAACUAAGUAAGUCCCUCGAGUGCCAGGCCGAGCAAAUAACCCUGCGCUCCAAGGAAUUCUUAUCUCAGUACAACAUUGAAGUGCAAACGGAGAGGGAGGUGCUAUCAGUGGAUGUAAAGGGUAAGGUAGUCCACUUUAAGAAUGGAUUCAGGAUGGAGUACAACAAAUUACUGAUCGCAACCGGGAGCAGGCCUAAAUCACUUCAGUGCCAAGGGGCAGACCUGGAGAACGUGUAUCAGCUCAGGACACCUGAGGAUGCAAACUGCAUUGCAAAACUGGCCAACGACAGGAACGCUGUUAUAGUGGGAGCUUCCUUCAUAGGGAUGGAAGUAGCUGCCUACCUCACCGAUAAAGCCCAUUCAGUGUCUGUCAUCGGGAUUGAAAACAUUCCUUUCAGGAAGGUGCUGGGAGAGAAGGUUGGACGAUCAGUCAUGAAAAUGUUUGAGACCAACCGGGUGAAGUUCUAUCUACAAAAUGAGGUCUCAGAGCUGCGGGGGCAGAAUGGAAAGGUGAAAGAAGUUGUUCUGAAAAGCGGGAAAAUCCUCCGGGCAGAUGUUUGUGUGGUUGGAAUUGGGGUUGUGCCAGCUACAUCAUUCCUAAAACAGAGUGGCAUCAACAUGGAUUCUAAAGGCUUUCUUCCUGUCAAUAAGCUCAUGCAGACUAAUGUGCCUGGGGUCUUUGCUGCUGGUGACGUUGUUACUUUCCCACUGGCCUUUCGCAACAAUAAGAAGGUGAAUGUGGGUCACUGGCAGAUGGCACAUAUGCACGGUCGAAUAGUUGCUCUCAACAUCCUGGGCAAAGGAAUAGAGAUUAACACUGUGCCGUACUUCUGGACAGCAAUGUUUGGGAAAAGCAUUCGUUAUGCAGGUCAUGGGGAAGGGUUCGACGAUGUCAUCAUCCAAGGCGACCUGGACGAGCGGAAGUUUGUGGCUUUCUACACCAAGAAAGCUACUGGAAUGAACAACUGCAUACAGGCCAGGAGGAGCGAUGAAGUAAUUGCUGUGUCGAGCAUGAACUAUGACCCCAUUGUGUCCAAAGUAGCCGAGGUCAUGGCAUCUGGAAGGACAAUCAAGAAGAGGGAUGUUGAGACGGGCGAUAUGUCCUGGCUCUUUGGCAAAGGUACAUAGUGGAGGCUGGGCCAUGGGCAUAGCCGUGGUUCAGAGCAGAUCUCAGCGGCUCAGUCGGGCAGUCCUUUCUGAGGCACAAGGUCACCGGCAGUAGGUCGUGCUGAGGGGGAUGGUGGGGUGGGGUGUGGGGAGGCUGUGACCUUUAGUGCAAAGCAGCAAUCCCCUCGGCGCCUGCUGCCGUGCCAACCGAAGGCGCUUGGCUCCCAUUUUAAACGGCAGGAAUGCCCCCAGUGAAUGGAGGGGCUGCCUUGCAGCUCCUCAUAGUUUCACUGCACGCGAGGCCCUAAAAAAAAACUCCACCUUUCAGUCGUAAGAAAGCGAAGCACUCGUUACGCAAAUGUGCCAACCAAAGUGAAGGACGGCAGGCUUCCUUACCAGCACACGCUGCCCAAACCUGGAUGCCACACCUGCUGCAUGUUUCACCCUGACAGCGCACCAACAGGAACAACUGACUCUGGGCAUCACCCUGCGUCUCACAUUAAUCGUCAAUGCGGUUUAUUUCCGUAUGGAGUUAGGGGUGGUCAGAGAAUGCGCCAGAAAAGACUCUUGCAUUGAUCGCCUAAAAAGGCUAGUGUGGCUUCUGUUAAGCUUGUUAAGCUGUAAUGAGAAAAUGUACUUUAAAAAAAAAGAACAAAAUCCUCUCUGUGGUUCUAUCAGAUGACUGUUUUGGCACUUUGGCUGUACCUCUGGUGGUCCUGUAUGCAUGUUUCACCAUCAGCUACAAUAAAAAGA